AUGGCGCCUGACAACCUAGAAGAUGUUCUGACCAAGAGUGGAGUGGAUUCGAAUCUCACCAACUCCCUUAUGAUGGAAGGUUGGACCUCCCAGACAUUUCGCGUGGCUGCGGCGGAUGCUCAAGGAUUUGAGGAAGUUCUACAAGAAUGGUCCACCUCGCAUCCUUUGUCGACCCUUCAGAAAGCAUGUCUACGCACAGCAUUUCAGUCUCUUCAACCGCAGCAAGGCACCAGUUCAUCGGCUUUCCCGACACCGGCGGUGAACCCACCUUCAUCGGCGGGAUCUUGGGCAGAGGCAUUUCCUCCCAAAUUGGAGCAUGCAGUAUUGGUGGCGAUGAAACAAAAAUUUAUGUCCAACUACCCAUCAGAGUUGAUCCAUGCGGAUGUAUUCCCUUCUACCAGAUUGGUGAGUUUGGUCCAUGACCAACUCACUAAGAAAGUUUGGAAAUGGGUACCCUGGAAGUUUCGCAUCUCGCUCACCAAGUCAGAGGAGAUUUCCAGCAAUCGUGCCCAGAAGAUGCCCAAACUUGAUCAUCUCGGUCUUCAUGCACUACUCUUUGAUGAUCCCCCGUCUCUGGAGGUGUCAAACAAUGCCAUGGGAGUGAACUCCAUCCACAGCAUGCUCGAGGUCCAUGAUCGAGCUAUUGCUUUAUGCCAAGGCCGUUUGCCUCACCAAGCACGGGAGACACAGGAAAGUUCAGCCACAGACGUGAUCACUUCAUCAGCAGGCCUGCCCAACCUGACAGCCUGGGAACUCCAAAAGGUCCAAGAAAGCUUUAUUAUGCUUUCGCGGUGUGUUGAAGUCCUUACACUGGUUUUUCAAUCGGGGGGUCAUGUCCACUUGGAGCAACCUUUGAAUGCCAUGUCGUGGCUGGAGAGUCUACGUGAUGAAUCAGGUGCAUUUGCAAGCAGGGCAACUGCACAAUAUCCAUCUAAAUUGGCACAACAUUUCGCCACACUGGUGGCACCCUUGUUGCACACUCCUGCUUUUGAUUUACAAUGGUCCUCUGUGAAUACAAUCAUGCCUAUUAAGAGUCUUUCGGACUAUCCUUUUGCGCAAAUAGAUGGAGGUGGAGCUUUUUCACAUCCUGACUGGAGUCAGGACCAACGACAAGAACAAGAUUGGUUUCAUGGUCUUCGCACUUCGUGGAUGAGCCGAAUCGUUUCAUCCCGAUUGGACAAAAUCCUGAUGGCUCAUGUGGCGUCGGGCAAUCUUCGGUCGCCAUUCUCGACCGAGGUACUUAGUCCUUCCAAAGACGAUCUGGAGACGACUGGGUUUUCUACAGCCAUUCCUCCAUCGGGUAUUUUUCCACCCAAAGAACGAGCAGACACGGACUCAGAACCUCUUUCUGCGCACCUCUCGAAUUGGCAAAGCGCCGAGGAGGACCUGUCCCUCACUCGGGAACUGGUGCAAGAGGAAGUGGAUCAAGGCUGGGUCUUUGCGUAUCCAGGUUCCUUGGAUGAAGCUCAGGCCGAAUACCCGGCUGGUGUGGCUAUUGGCAAGCUGGGUGUGGCUCGAUCAGAGGGUCGCGCUCCUCGGCUGGUCGUAGAUUCCAGCGUAUGUGGGCUGAAUGAUCGUUGCAUCAUUCCUGAAAGGUCUACCUUGCCUACGGCCAAAGAAGUAUUACGCAGCUACCCACUCGGCAAUAGCCAGAAAGCCUUAACUGGUUUCUCCUUGGAUGUCAAAGAUCUGGCUUCGGAUUAUCAAUCCAAAUUCAUCGAAGCGUAA